CAUUUAUUGAAUCUUAUAUUGUUAUAGUGUUUCAAUCAUGUCUCUUGAAAAAUAUGCUGGUAAAGUGGCAGUGGUGACUGGAGCAUCUGCCGGUAUAGGAAAAUCGAUUGCAGAGCAUCUAGUUAAAAAAGGUGUAAUAGUGGCGGGCAUAGCUCGAAGAGUAGAACGGGUUGAAGAACUGUCCAAACAACUAAAAAAUGAAAAAGGAUCGUUGCACGCAUUCCAAUGUGAUCUCACUAAGGCAGACCAAAUUGCAUCAACUUUUAAGAGCAUUAUCACUAAUUUGGGACCGAUCUAUAUCUUAGUCAACAAUGCCGGAGUAUAUCACGUAGCUGGAACUAUAGACGGAAAUUUGGAUAAAUGGAGGAGUAUGUUGGAUACCAAUGUAAUGGCUUUAGCCAUUUGCACCCGAGAAGCUAUAUCAGAUAUGAAAACCAAUAAGACGAAAGGUCAUAUUGUCAAUAUUAAUAGUUAUGCUGGUCAGGAAAUUCUAGAUAUCCCUGGAAUGGAAUUUUAUACUACAACAAAACAUGCUGUUACAGCUCUUACAGAAACUGUACGUUUGGAAAUUAAUAGAGAAAAAUUGCCAAUAAAGAUAACAAGUAUUAGUCCAGGCUAUGUGAAAACAGAAAUCCAAGAAAUAGCAUACGGUAAGGAGCGUGCCAAAAAAAUUGCCGAGACUACCAGAUAUAUGAGCCCGGAAGAUAUAACGGAGUCGGUGUUAUAUGUCCUGGGCACACCCGAUCAUGUAAAUGUUAAGGAGAUCACUAUUCUAGUGCAAGGGCAGAUUGGAUAAAUGAUAUUUAAAGGUUUAGAUUAUAACUGCAACUUUAGUUAUUAUUAUUUAAUAUAUUCAUAACCUAAAUAAAACACUA